UUUAAAUGUUAAGGGAUGAAGAUCUUUGUUGUUUGUAAACCAGAAGGGUUUUCUUCGAGUCUCAGUACUUAAAAUUUGAAUAGUAAUUUGUAUAUGCUUUAAUCAUCCUUUUUUUAAAAUCCAAUCAGUUAUCACAUUAGAUAAUAAUUCGCGGGAAUCUGUAACAAAUGUUUACUAUCAGGUCAUGGAAAAUGAAAAUUCUUUUCUGUUAAUGGUUACUGGUCAAAUAGAGUCAGCUGAGUUUCCUGAGAUUGAUGAUAUAUAUUGCAAACAUUGUUUUGUAUAUGGAUCUGAUUGGAUGGUAACUGAGGGUAUAGAAGAAGGAAUAUCACAAAUAUCCAAAAAGAGUGAAGAUGAAACAGGACAGUUUACUUUUAAUUUUCCAUUAGAUAUUUCUUUUAAAUCAACAAAUCCAUUUGGCUGGCCUCAAUUAGUUGUUAGUAUGUAUGGUAUAGACUUUUUUGGAAAUGAUAUUGUUAGAGGCUAUGGUUCUGUUCAUGUACCCAUAUCUGCUGGAAGGCACAAAAGAAGAAUUGCUAUGUUUGUUCCAGAAUCUUCAUCUAUGCUUCAGAAAUUCACUAGUUGGCUUAUUGGACGUAGACCAGAAUUCAUAGAUCCACGUGUUGUUGCUCAAGGAGAAGGGAGGGAUGUUACUAAAGUGAGAUCACAAGGAUAUGUUACAGUGCUUUUUAACGUGAUUACCAAAAAUAUUGAGAAACUGGGUUAUAAUACUGGUUAAAAAGUCAUUAUGUAUUUUCAUACUAGUGAGCCUUUCAUAUUUUGAUAUUGAAGAUCAUUCAUAUAGUCAUUUUAGGAUUAUUUUAUGGCAUGUAUUUAUGUUAUUAUUUAAAUGAUUUUAAUGCUAAAUGGAAGGGUGCUACAUAUUUUCACUCUAGUCAUAUGGUUUUAAGCAUACUUUUAUUAUUUGUUCAAUGAGCUAUAUUUCUACUUAUUUUUUUCUUCAAAUGAACUUACUAAAUUGUGUAUGGCCAUUCAUAUAUGAUUAUGAAAGUAUUAUUUUUGUCUAGAAGCAUAAUCAUUAGAUUUAUAUUUUGAUUUUAUAAAUAAUAAUUAUGUGAUUGCAACAAUUUUUAUUAUUUUGUUACUUAAUUUUGAACUUAAUUUUUUUUUUUUUUUUUUUUGUAAAAAUAAUAUUUUUUAUCACUCCUCUGCUAUCAAAUUUUCACAUUAUUUAUACUGUAUGAGAUUAUCAAAUAUGGUCAUUAUAAAGACUGACCCAAAGGAAAUUCUGUCAUUCAAAAUAAAUAUAGCUGUGUGAUUAUUAUAUUUCUUCCCAUAAUGAAAAAAUAGCUGCAAAAUUUAAAUUGAU